GUAACAUCGGAAAACGUGUGAAAUUAUUUGAUCAAGUAAUGUACACAUCAGCUAGAUGCCAUCAAAUAAAUAUUUAUACACCUAUUUUGUUAUGAGAUGCGUUUUGGGUAUCAAAAUGCACUUAUUACAUAGACUAGUGAUUGAUAAACUUUGCCUAAAACUAAUGAUCCUUAAGUCUCAAACUCUGAAAUAGUAUUCUUUCAGUGAUAGAAAUAUAGUGUUACCAACGGACAAAAGGUGUAAGUUCUAGAAAUCGGUGCAAUUAUAUAGCGUGAAUGAAAAAAAUUAAGAGAAAAAAACGUUAGAGAACUUUUUAUGGAGUGAUUUAAAUAAGUGUUAGGUA